AGCUUCUUUGCCGAGUGUCUAAAAAAGGCACUCGGCAAAGACGUCUUUGCCGAAUGCCCGAAAAAAACACUCGGCAAAACACUUGACACUCGGCAAAGAUCUUUUUUCCGGUAGUGAAUGUGAGAUGGCAUAUGGUGAGGCAGAAAUUAUGCUGCGAUAUUUCGAGAGCAAAACAGUUGAGAACCCUUCAUUCCAGCAUACUUUGCAAAAGAAUUGUGAUGGACAAAUAGCUAACAUAUUUUGGGCUGACGCUAAAAUGAUAGUUGACUAUGCACAUUUUGGAGAUGUCAUCACUUUCGACACUACUUUUGAAACAAACAAGGAGUCUAGACCUUUUGGUAUUUUUUAGGAUUCAAUCAUUUUAGAGAAACUGUUGUUUUUGGUGCCACUCUUAUAUAUGAUGAAACAUUUGAAUUUUUCCGGUGGUUUUUUGAUACCUUUCUCAAAGCACAUAGCGGAAAGCAACCCAAAACAAUCUUCAUGGAUCAAGAUAGUGCAAUGGAUAAAACAGUUGGAGAAGUUUUCACGGAAGCAUGGCAUGGACUUUGCACAUUUCACAUAUCAUAGAAUGCUCUCAAACAUCUACAUGAUAAGAAGAUUUUACGGUGUUUUAGUGCUUGCAUGUUUGAGUAUGUGGACAAGACAACUUUUGAAGAAGCAUUUCACACAGUAAGAGGGAAAGUGGAGAAGCAGACUUGGUUAGAUAGUAUUUAUAAGUUGAAAGAAAAAUGGGCUGCAUGUUACAUGAAGGAUGUUUUUACAUUGGGAACGAGGAGUACUCAACUAAGUGAGAGUCUUAACAGCGAUUUGAAAGACUAUUUAAAAUCAAAUCUUGACAUCAUCCGAUUUCUGAAGCAAUUUGAAAGAGUGGUGCAAGGAAAAAGGAACAAGGAGUUGGAUUCAACAUUUGAUUCAAGCAAAAAAAGGAGUUGGAUUCAACAUUUGAUUCAAGCAAAAAAUUUCCAAGAAUCAAAAUGAGGACGUCUAUAUUGUUGGAAGCAAGCAAAUUGUACACACCCAUUGUAUUUGAAGUUUUUCAAGAUGAAUAUGAAAGGUCUAUGCAAGCAUGCACCAAAGUAUUGGUAGGAACUGAUAAAUAUCUAGUUACAAUUGGUAGUCUUGAAAAAAAUUCAAGCUUUGAAGAGUUUGAAGUUAUUGGUAACUCAUUGGAGCAAUCAGUUACAUGCGCACGUGGUCAGUUCAGCAGGGUUGGAAUAUUAUAUGGUCAUGCUUUGAAGGUUCUUGAUUUGAUGAAUAUCAAGAUACUUCCAGCUCAAUACAUAUUAAAGCGUUGGACCAUAGAAGCUCGCCAUGGUACAAUACAAGAUAAUCAGGGAAGCAAUAUAGUUGAAAAUCCAAUGUUGAACGCAAUGCUUCGGUCCAAACUACUCCCACAAAUUUCAUAGUUUAACGGAUCAAGCAGCUAGCUCAUUGGAUUGUUGCUUAUUAAUAGAUAACACUCUAGACAUGCUUAUUAAGCAAGUUGAAGAAAAAAUACAUGCUCUUAGGAUUACCUCAGGAGACCAAGUCCAGGAAAUGCAUCUGGUGCUAAUGUUGAGGUGUCAAAUGACUUUCUCAGUCAGCGUCUAAAGAAAAAAAAUAGUUCAGACAAGAACAUCAAAGAGGAAAAAAACAUGGCUUGACAAAAAGCGCAUGCCAAGAAAAAAAGAUGACCGCAAAACUACAAUGCAAGGGAAAAAGGCAAUGCAAGAAGAACCUAGGAAUGAGGGUCGUGAAGCACAAAUGGUAUUGGAUAAUUGUUCUACAUUCAAUAAUACAAAUGUUGGAGAAUAUGAAGUCAUUUCAAGUUUCACUGAACUUUUGACGGGUCCAAGAGAAAAGCUUGUGAAGGUGCUGCUAGUGGUAGUCAAAGUGCAACAUCCAAGAGAAAAGUUGUGCUACGCGCCUGCGCCUGCGCCUGCUACCUUCCACCUCUCGGCCAUGCGAGGCUUGCUUCUCGCCUUCGCCCCAGUCUAAUCCACUGAAGAAUCUGUUCGGUGCCACUGCCACCUGCACACCGAGCAUGGCGAGAAGCGCCGCCGCCCAGCUGCUCGCCUGCUCUGCUCGUCCCUUCCUCCCUGGCCACCAUCACCACCACGCGCGCCGCCCUCUCCUCCUCCUUAAUUCCCGCUCCAAGACCUCCUCCUCCUCCAACUUUCCCCGCCCAUCGUCUCCCCGAGAUCCCGGCUCCUCGCUCUUCCAUGAAAUCUCGGACCUGGUCGCCUCUGCCAGGAAUGGCUCCGCAUUACGGCCUGAAAUGAAUGACGAGGCGUGUCAUCAUGAUCGCGGAGCUGCUGCUGGGCAGCGCGCGGAAGGUGCUCGAGGAAUUGCCCCAGAGAGUGCGACUGCGGCUUCCAGCUCUGUCUUUUGCAGCAUAUCCAACAUGGGCCAUCUUGGUGGCCUUCCUGAUGACGGGAGUCAGCCUUCUGAUACUGCCGGUAGUGCAGUAAAUCCUGAUGCUGACAAUGUCAGCGAGGCUGUGCACAGGAUCAUGGGAGUUCUCCGGUCCCAGGCACCCGUAUCGUCCAUGGAGGAGAGGCUUGAGAGCCUUGGAGUUACAUAUACACCGCAGCUUGUUAACAUGGUGCUGAAAAGGUGCUUCAAGGUGAGGCAACUGGGGUUCUGGUUCUUCCACUGGGUGAAACGACUCCCGAGGUUCCGCCACACAACAGAGACAUACAACACGAUGCUGUACAUCACGGGUGAGGCGUGGACCUUUGCUAUCAUGGAGGAGCUGGUAGGCGAGAUGGAUAGACAGAUGUGCCCCAAGGACGUUAAGACAUGGACAAUCAUAUUAUCCAGUUACGGGAAGGCGGGGCUUGUUGGCAAGAUGCUGUCAACCUUUGAGGCGAUGAGGAAAUCAGGAUCCAUCGGGAUAGAUAGUAAAGUCUAUAUGACGGUUCUUCAUGCUUUGUGCAAUGCUAAGAAGCCUGAGCUUGCUCUUGAGUUCUACAAGGAUAUGCCCAGGAACAUGGAGGUGGGAACUGGCAUUCUUCGACUUCUAAUGUGUUGUCUUGCAACGUCAGAUAAUGCUGCUGAAGCUGUCUGUUCUAUCAGAGAUGAUAUGAUUAAGGGCAUGAAGCAUCCAGAGGAGUACUGCUACAUGGAAGCUCUACGAAGCUUUUGCAUCGCAGGAAAGGUAGAGGAGGCAUGGAAAGUCUUUCAGCAGAUGAAGAGAAAGUCAAUGGCUAGUCCAUUUGCAUUUCAGAACCUCCUGAGAGGGCUCUGCAAAGCAGGAAAAAUGGCUGAAGCUCUGCAGAUCAUAGAAUACAUGAAAGGUACAUUAGGUAUAAACAGUGCAGAAUUUGCUUUCCUCAUCGAUGGCUACCUGAGGAAAGGAGAGCAUACCAAGGCACUUGACUUGCUGCGUGUAAUGAGAGAACAUGGAUGUGUUCCAUUGGUAUCAUCUUAUACUCAGCUCAUGCAACACCUAUUUGCAAUUGAUCAGUACGAAGAAGCAUGUGGACUGUUUGAAGAGAUGCUGAAAAAUGGUGUUGAACCAGAUAUUAUUACAUUAACGGCCUUGAUUGGUGGGCACGUUCGUAGCGGACAUAUUUCCGAAGCAUGGGAUGCCUUCAGGAAUAUCAAUAAGAGUGGUCAGAAACCCACAUUGAAAGCCUACACAGUGUUCAUCCAAGAGCUCUGUAAGGCCUCCAGACCCCUUGAAGCUGCAGAACUUCUGAAGGAAAUGCUGGAAUCUGAUUUCAGACCUUCUGAGGGAACUUUCUGCCGGGUAAUUUCUGCUUUACGUGACAAAUUUUAUUUGGAAGAGGUAAGUAAUGUUGAGAGGAUGUGGGCAUCUUUUAAUCUGCGAAGCCCUAGAGGUGGUCUGCAAUUCAAACCAUUGGAUGGCAUUGACACUGUUGAUAAGUUUCGGAGGCUACACAAGUCUAAUCCAGAAGAGAAAGAACUGGGACUGGAGUUCAUUGGCUAUUCUUCGGAUCAAAAUGGCAAGCUCUCCGGUUUCAAGCUUUCUGAUGACACACAUAAAAGAGAACAAGAACACGACUACAGUGAUGGAGAUGUUGAAAAAAUAUGCCAGAUUCUGUCAUCUUCUGAUGAUUGGGGCCCAAUGCAACAGGCACUAGAGAUGAGAUCAGUCCAUUUCAGUCCUAACCUUGUUGAUGCCAUUUUGAAGCGUUGCAAAAGGAACAGUCGUGCUGCUUUGCAAUUUUUCUCAUGGGUUGGGAAACGAUCUUACUACAUGCCAACAACAAAAACAUACACUACAGCUAUGAAACUUGCUGGCUCUGCAAAAGAUUUCAAGUGCAUGCGGUAUCUUUACAGAGAAAUGUUAAGGACUGGAUGCUCCCCAACUGUGGACACAUGGAAUGUCAUGGUCUGUCAGUAUGGCAAUGCUGGUCUGUCUGAAAAGGCCUUGGAGACAUUCCGUGAAAUGAAGCAGCAUGGGUUUCUGCCCAACAAGACUACUUACCAACACCUGAUAAUGUACCUUACCCGCAGUGAAGGGCGGAAAGUUGAUGAGGCAGCCAUAAUCUUCAAAGAAAUGUGCCAUGCAGGCCAUAUACCUGAUAAUGAUACAGUUUUCAAGUAUAUUUCGGCUCUAUGUGAGUGCAGGAAAAUAGCUGAAGCAAGAAGCUCAGUAGUAUUCUUAUGUGAACGAGGCUUUUCUGUGAAGUUUGGCUACUCUAUAUUUCUUAGAUCAUUGUGCAGGGCUGAUAGAGUGGAGGAAGCUCUCAGUUUGUUCAAUUGUAUCGAGAAACAUGGUUGCUCCAGGGAUCAGUAUAUGUACGCGAGUCUCAUCCAUGCAUUGCUAAGGAGGGAUCAAUUUGAAGAUGCUGUUGCCAAGCUUACAGAAAUGAAGAAAGCAGGGAUACCUCAAAACACCUAUAUGUAUACCUCGUUCAUCGUUUAUUACUUUCAGAAGGGAGAUGUUGCCAAGGCUUUGGAUGUGCUUAAGGAGAUGGAAGAAAAUGGAUGUGAGCCCACAGUUGUUACACACUCUGCUCUUAUCCGUGGCUACAUGGCAAUGGAUAUGGUUUCAGAGGCUUGGGAUGUUUUCCAACAAAUGAAGCUGAAAGGACCUGCACCAGAUUUUGAAACCUACUCUAUGUUCAUAUCACGCCUCUGCAAGGCAGGCAGAUCAGAGGGAGGGUUGCAGCUGAUUCAUGACAUGUUGGAAUGUGGUUUCAUUCCCAGCACAGUAAACUUCAUGACUGUUGUGCAUGGUCUAAAUAUGGAGGGCAAGCAUGGGCUAGCUGAGUCUGUGCUCCGGUCAAAAUGGCACUUGAGGAGGCAAAGAACCAUCUCAUAUUAGUUUAUGUUUCGCUCAUGCUCUCAAAUAUAUGUUGGGAGUUCCAACUUGGAGAGAGCAACGUUCAGUGUUCAUUGUGUUUUAAAAGGUUAUUUGUUAUAUGGCUUGAGGUCUCACGAGCUAUAAGACAGAAUGGGACUAAAAGGCAAAAUCACCAUGCACCUCCAUUAAUGCCUCAAGGACAUCCAAGCUUUCCCACAUCACCCAUCCCUUCACCAGCAUCAUUGAGGUGUCCCACGAAUGGAAAUUAAAGUAUGUCGAAGGCCUUGUUUCUUUGCCUCACUUUUUAAUGCUUUUUUCCUCAUGUCAAUACAAAUUUCCAAACUGCUGGAUUUUAGGGCAUCAUAGUUCUCCUAUAGUCCUACCCUGCCUCCAACCUCUCCCCUACCUGAGACAAAAACACCAUCAGCUCAUCCUAUUUGGGCAUCACCACCACCACCACCACCACCUAAUUCUGGUAUAGUUUUGCAUAUAUGUUCUCGUGCGUUUAUCAUUUGAAAUUGGACCUAAUAUUGCCUGUAUGGUGUAUGCUAUUUGUUAUUGCUUGCAUGUUGAGCUUGUGAAAUGCAGAUUGCAAUUCAUUAUCUUGCCCAGAGCCUCGUAACAGAUCCACUUGCCGGAGCCCCAUGUGCCUGUGUUCAGUUCUACCAAUCAGAGUUGUCUAAGUGUUGAGCUUUAUUCAUUCUUUCCAUUGGUCUCUGAUUUUGCUGAAGAGGUAUCUUCUGGGGGUAAACAUGAAGGCAGGUCCGUGUAAUUUGUGCAAAUGUUGGUGGUGAUCAACCUGAUAAAACAAUGGUUCUUGUUGAUCCAGUACCAAUGCAAGUGAAGUUCAGCAAUGCUACAGCAUUUUUCAGCUUUUGAAAGCUCGUGGAGCAAAAAAAAAAAAAAUCUUUGGGGACUAUGAGAUUCUCUAUGUAUAUCCAGGUUUGUGGUCUUGCUAGUGCUUAUUUACUGUCAAAUCUAUUAUUGUCAUUAGAUCACAUCAACAUACAGUGGACAGUGCAGUGUCACAUAAAUCAUGCGCUAUCAAUAUUUUUUUAUUGUUGAUGGUUGAUAGAUUUAAACGCCCACCUUAAUUUGCUGAUAUCACCAAGUGUAUAAAAAAUGAAACUUGAUGCAGUAGUUUUCUACUCCUUACCAUGAUUUCCCACUGAUCAGUUUCACCAGGUGUACAACUUGAUACGGUACUGAUUUUAAGGGCAGUGAGUUAGCGAGUAAUGCCACUGCCAAUCUUACCGUGUGAUUUGCAGAGUUGUAAACUUGCUGAUGCUAAUCAAUAUUUGAACAGAAUGGGAGUCGCCAUCAGGGAUACUCUCUGAAACUAAUCAUAAUUCGUUAUCAUGUUAUUUUAUCGUACUAUCUUUUUCUUGGAGUUACUUCAUGUAUGUUAUCCAUGCGGCUCAAACUUAACAAGGGCGGCCCUUUUUCCCCUCCUUUUCUGAUAGGUGCAUGUACCGUAUUGAAAAUGCUCAUCUAGAACUGAGGACCAAGUUCUUGGUUUGGUACUCAAUCUUUGUUGUAGGGUCAACGACGUGCUAUGUAGUGAAAACGAGGAACUGAGGAAGGCUCUCCGUCGCACACAGUGAAGACCCAAGACUGGAUCAUCAAGCUGCCAGGCUUGAUUGCACUUCCGUAGUCGGUGCUAUUUAUCCUACCAGUAUCCUAGCUAGCAACCUCGUUCGUUGACUAAUAUGUUUAGCGGAAAUUCCCGAAUGCACACGCCUACAUCUGAAGCAUAAGGCCAGAAUUGAUCGAGAGAUUCAUCGUGCAAUGUUUCAUGGUCUGUUGUAGCACCCAUAACUUGUACCUUGGGUGCUUUGUCGAAGAUGAAACCUGUUCCUGAUAUUGUGAUGGAUGGAUGGACGUAUUUAGCUUGUAUUCUUCUGAUGCAAUGCGAGGCUAGGCUCGGCACAUCUCCCUGUAUUCCUAGCUGUACAAUGUAUACUCAAAACACAUUCGAAUGUCUUAUAAUUCGAAAUUCGAAUU